AUGAGCAAUGGCAAAAACGGGCAGCGCCUAGACGAGCAGUCUGCUAAUUUAGGCACUAGAGACACACCGUCGGGGAGACCGUCCGCUGGUCGAUACGUCCCUCCCCACAUGCGUAAUCGAUCAACUGAAACAAAAGACACUUCUUCCUCAAACACAUCCACAGACCAACGGAGUGGUGACAGAAAUAGAGAUGGCGGCAAUAGCUGGGCUUCAGAUGACAAUAGCUGGGGAAAAGAAGAUGAUAGACAAGACAGAAGGGACUACAGACGAGACGACAGAAGAGAUGAUGCGAGAUCUAAUAGAAAUGACACUUAUUCGUCUGAAGCUGCAGAAGACGUAUCCCCGUUGCAAAAUCGCCGGCCUAAUGGAUGGCACAACCGCAAUGGAAGUACAUCAGCAAUAGGUUGGGACUCUGGAAAGCGUACAACACGCAAUGAACAAUGGGGAGGUUCUCGUUCAGAUUUGAUCUUUUCCACUUCGCAUAAUCGUAGCGGAGGUUGGUCUGAUCGUGCGUCUUCACAAACCGACCGAUGGAAUUCGGCUCGUUCCCGCAAUAGUGCGUAUGGUUCAUACAGCAAUAGGGGGAUUGACGAGUUUGGCCGGAAAGAUGAAGGUUAUGGUUCCUGGAGUGUCGAUGGUACACACAUAAUCGCAGCGAAGAAUUCUAGAUUGGAAAGAGACUUGUUUGGAUGUCCGGACGAUCCUGAUAGACAACAUACUGGAAUUAAUUUUGAAAAAUAUGAUGAUAUCCCUGUUGAGGCAAGCGGAAACAAUGUACCCCAAUGUGUUGAAGCAUUCACAAAUCCACCAUUGGAUGCUCAUCUUUUAACAAAUAUUGACUUGGCUCGAUACACCACGCCGACCCCUGUGCAAAAGUAUUCCAUUCCAAUCGUCGCUUCUGGUCGUGAUUUAAUGGCUUGUGCGCAAACAGGUUCUGGGAAAACUGGUGGUUUUUUGUUCCCUAUACUUUCUGAACUCUUUAAACACGGUCCGCCCUCGACGCCACCUGAACCCGCAGGCUAUUCGCGUGGUAUGGCGCGGACACGAAAAGCCUACCCUUCCGGACUGAUUUUGGCACCGACGCGAGAAUUGGCUUCACAGAUCUAUGAGGAAGCUCGAAAGUUUGCCUACAGAUCUUGGGUUAGACCUUGUGUAGUUUAUGGGGGAGCGGACAUCUAUGGCCAAUUGAGAAAUUUGGAGCGAGGGUGUGAUUUACUGACUGCUACUCCUGGACGAUUGGUGGAUUUGAUUGAGCGUGGAAGAGUUAGUCUAAGUUUAAUAAGAUAUUUGGUUCUCGAUGAGGCAGAUAGGAUGUUAGAUAUGGGAUUUGAACCACAGAUCAGGAGAAUUGUUGAAGGCGAAGAUAUGCCCGAUGUGCAUCAACGCCAAACUUUAAUGUUUUCUGCUACAUUCCCACGCGAUAUUCAAAUUCUUGCUCGAGAUUUCUUAAAGGAUUACGUCUUUCUCUCGGUCGGCCGUGUUGGUAGCACUUCAGAAAACAUAACACAGAAGAUCGAAUAUGUGGAAGAUGAAGACAAACGAUCUGUUCUUCUUGACAUUCUCCAUUCACAGCCAGAAACAGAACGCGGGCUCACUCUCAUCUUUGUGGAGACUAAACGCAUGGCUGAUAUGUUGAGUGCUUUCCUUAUUCAGCAUAACUUCCCUGCUACCAGUAUCCAUGGAGACAGGAGUCAAAAAGAGAGAGAAAGGGCCUUGGAUAGCUUCCGAUCAGCAAGGACGACGAUUAUGGUUGCUACCGCUGUCGCAGCGAGAGGGUUAGAUAUUCCUAAUGUUACUCAUGUGAUUAACUUUGAUCUGCCAACCGAUAUUGAUGAUUAUGUACAUCGUAUUGGACGUACUGGACGUGCCGGAAAUGUUGGGUUGUCUACCGCGUUCUUUAAUCGUGGCAACAAGGGCAUUGUGAAAUAUUUGAUUGAUCUAUUAAAAGAAGCGAAUCAAGAAAUUCCAAGUUGGCUAGAAACUGUUGCUCGCGAAGCUGCUGUGCCUGCUGGUCGGCCAUAUAAAGGCCGUGGUGGAGGACGUGGACAGAAUAGAGAUUAUAGGAAAUUUGGGGGCAGCAGUGAACGAGGAGGACAAGGGAGUGCUGGUAAUGAGUAA